AUGUUCAGGCAGGACCUGGAGGUCAUCGAUGCGUUACGGACAGACGCUAUAAACGUGCGAGAACCCCACAUCAGCGGGAUCAAGAAGAUAGCAGCACUAAUGAAGUACUGGCAGAUUGGAGUGGAUUUUAACUGGUACCCAGCCCUGGGUUACAACACCGAACGCCCCAUCUCCCAAAACAACCUCAAAUUCGAAUUAGCCAACGUCCUCUACAAUCUCGCGGCCCUCUACUCCCAAUUGGCCACCGCCUCAAAUCGCAGCUCUACAGAUGGCUUACGAGCAGCAUGUAACUAUUUCUGCCUCGCCGCCGGAGUCCUCUCCCAUAUCAAGGCGGAAGUGAUUCCAGAGUUACGGACGGCUCCGCCUGAAGACAUGGACGAUGCUACCCUCGAAUCCCUCGAGCAUCUAAUGCUGGCGCAAGCUCAAGAAUGUUUCUGGCAGAAAGCAGUCAUGGACGGAUACAAAGAUGCGUCGAUAGCAAAAUUGGCUGCCAAGGUCUCGGACUUUUAUGGUGCGGCGGGCGAUUGGGGGGUUAAGAGUGAUGCCAUUAGCUCAGAAUGGAUACACCAUAUGACUGCGAAACACCACCAUUUUGCUGCAGCAGCCCAGUAUCGACAAGCUUGUGAUUGUCUAGAAAAGAGGAAAUAUGGGGAGGAGGUUGCCAGGUUACGUGAUAGUAUUACUUGUGUCAAUGAAGCCUUGAAAGAAGCCAGAUAUCUGAACAAAGUGGUUUUGGGUGAUUUAAAUGGAUUGAGGAAUAAGGUAACGGAGGACUUGAAGAGGGCAGAAAAAGACAACGAUCUAAUUUAUCUAAAUCCCGUACCACCCAAAUCCGAGCUCAAGACCCUGGAACGUGCCAAAAUGGCUGCUGCGAAGGUUCCAAAAGAGAUAUCCGAACCAUCUGCCUUCAUCGGAGAUAACAAAGAAUUUGGCCCUGCGGUAUUUUCUAAGUUGGUACCUUAUGCUGUCCAUGUCGCGGCUAGCAUAUACGAAGAAAGGCGAGAUCGUCUCGUCAACUCAAAUAUUAUUGAUGAAUUAGAGAUCUUGACCACCAAAAUCCAUGAUACUCUACGAUCGCUAAACCUUCCGGGUUCACUUCAAGCGCUGGAGAAGCCUCUAGGGCUACCACCAACACUCACGUCUCAUGCUGAGGAGAUUAGACAAGCAGAUGCUCUGACAAGGCUCCAUCGUUCAUUCUCAGAUACAGCAAAGUUAAAAGCUUCGGACGACGCUAUCUUCGCUGAAGGCAAAGAACUUCUGCAAGCGGAAGCAGCAGAGGACGAGAGAUUACGUAUGAAAUAUGGCACAGAUAGAUGGAACCGGCUAGAUUCCCGUUCCGCAGCCGCACAAUUAUACGCCCAAGUUGAAGAAAUUGAUGGGUAUCUUAGGAGUGCAGCAAAUAGCGACCAACUGGUCCUUACAAAAUUCCACGAAUGCGAAGAAAUUCUACGAAUCCUCUCAAGCUCCGACCGAGACAUUGGCAACUCCGUUCCUAGCAGUCGACGAGUAGCCAUCCCUCCAAGACUCGAGGUCGAGGUAUCACGAUUACGAAAUAGUCUCAAUGAAGUCUCACGCCUAGAAUCUCGCCGCCGGCGUAAAAUCGAAGCCCUGCGUGAAAAAUCUAAGAAGGACGAUAUCAACACUAGCAUUCUCGCCGAAGCUGCACGCCUUGAGCGCGAACAUCCUAACCAAACCAUUGUCCCAGCUCAUUUUGAACAUUUCUUCGAGCAGCAUCUUGCCAAGUACGAUUCCGAUAUUACAGCGUUGAAAUCAGAGGCUGAGGAACAAGACCGAUUGACAAGUCAACUAGAACAUGCGAAUGCCAAUUUUGUGGCGGCGAGGAAAGGCGAUACCAGUUCCAGGGAAAGAGAGCAGGCUCUGCAGAAAUUGGAGAAUGGAUAUUUCAAGUAUAAGGAGAUUGUGAGUAAUUUGGAGGUGGGCAGGAAAUUCUACAAUGAUCUUGCAAAGAUCGUUCAAAGGUUUACAGAUGGCUGUAAGGCAUUUGUUUAUGAGAGAAGGGAAGAGGCGUUAAGGGUAGAAAGCGAACUCUCGCUCCCACCUCUCUCCGCUCUCUCCCUCCACCAUCAACAACCCCCGCCACCAGCCAACGAAACUUUUGCCCCAAGUCCUCGGACAUACAGUACACCAUCCUCGAUCUCCGCCUCCUCCUCCACUGUUCACAACAAUAACAGCAAUGAUAUCCCCGCCCCAGUCCCAACGCGUGCCAAUAUACAAAGCCCUCCUAUCGUACCUAGUACCUGGGCGCCCGAAAUGGGGAUUAAAUUCGGUGUACCAGCACCUUCUCCGCCAGGGCAAGCGCAAGGGUACCAAGGGCAGACGCAGAACAAUACGUGGGAUCCGAACCGAGGAUUUAAAUUUAGCUGA